CAUCAUCACCAUAUAUAAGCUCCACCACCAGCUACCGUAAUAAAAUAAUGCAUAUUUAGAACGACUGAAUCAACAUUUUGCAUGGACUUUCAUUUCUUUUAUCAUCUUCAUUAUAUAUAAUUAUAUACACCAUUCUACAGCCGAGACAAGCAUUGAAGAAACCAAGGAAAGAGAGAUUAGUUUCAGACAGAGAUGGCAGAAGGAGGAACAACCUUGGAGUAUACUCCUACGUGGGUGGUUGCUGUUGUUUGCACUGUUUUUGUGAUCAUAUCUCUUGCUCUUGAAAGGUUUCUUCACUACCUCGGCAAGUUCUUGAAGAAGAAAAACCAGAAACCCCUCUUUGAAGCUUUGCAGAAGAUCAAAGAAGAAUUGAUGAUUUUGGGGUUCAUAUCACUGCUACUGACAGUGUUCCAAGACAAGAUUACCUCAUUCUGCAUCUCAGAGGAUUUAGCUAAUAAAUUGCUACCUUGCAAGAAAAAGCCAGAGGCCACUGGUUCUUCCCAUUUUCAGACCUUCUUCUCUUUCCCUGGUGGGUCGGUUCGCCGCCUUCUAGCUGAGCCCUCUGACGCCAAGUCUAAAUGCGACAAGGGAAAGGUUCCAAUUUUGUCUACGACUGCAUUGCAUCAUCUUCAUAUAUUUAUCUUUGUUCUAGCUUGUGUGCACGUGGCUUUCUGUGCUCUAACCAUUCUUUUCGGAAGUGCAAAGAUAAGACAAUGGAAGCACUGGGAGGAAUCUGUCUCAAAUAAGGAGUAUGAUAUUGAAGAAGCAAAAAGCUCAAAGGUUACACACGUCCAAGAUCAUGAUUUUAUCAAGAACCGGUUUCGGGGUAUUGGGAAGAACUUCUACUUGAUGGCUUGGGUGCGUUCAUUCUUCAAGCAGUUCUACGCAUCUGUAAACAAAUCUGAUUACAUCACAUUGCGAUGGGGCUUCAUUAUGACUCAUUGCAGGGGAAACCCAAAAUUUAAUUUUCACAAGUAUAUGAUGCGUGCUCUUGAAGCCGACUUCAAGAAAGUUGUUGGAAUAAGUUGGUAUCUUUGGAUAUUUGUGGUUGUUUUCUUGUUGCUGAAUGUUUCUGGUUGGCAUACCUAUUUCUGGAUUGCGUUCGUUCCCUUCAUCCUUCUACUAGCAGUGGGAACUAAGUUGGAGCACAUAAUCACACAAUUAGCCCAUGAAGUUGCUGAGAAACAUGUAGCAGUUGAAGGAGACUUGGUCGUUCAACCUUCUGAUGAUCACUUCUGGUUCCACAGUCCUAAGAUUGUCCUUGUCUUGAUCCACAUCAUUCUAUUCCAAAAUUCUUUUGAACUUGCAUUUUUCUUCUGGAUAUGGGUGCAAUAUGGCUUUGAUUCAUGUAUAAUGGGAGAAGUUGGCUAUAUCAUUCCGAGACUCAUCAUAGGAGCUUUCAUUCAGUUCGUCUGCAGCUAUAGCACACUGCCACUGUAUGCAAUAGUCACACAGAUGGGAAGUUCAUUUAAGAAAGCAAUAUUUGAUGAACAUAUUCAAGAGGGUCUUGUUGGUUGGGCUAAGCAGGCCAAAAAGAACGCAGUUCUUAGAAAGGCUGCUAAUGGCUCUAGCCAAGUUGGUCACAAGGAGGAUUCCCCAGGUGCAGUCCUGCUGACAAGAACUGGACCAGAGAGGUCUACAACUGAAGAUAGAAAAGCAGGAGAGAUUGUACAUGAACAUUGACUCUGGUAGGCCUGCAUAAACAACCUCAUGUCUCUAAAAUAUGAGUUAUGAGAGCAAACAUUCUGGAAAAGCUUUGUUUACAAAUUCUUGUUAUACACUUUUGCUUUUACAAUUGUAUUAUUUUUCAAGAAUGAUCUUAUAAAAUAGAUGAACUGAGAUGGAAUUGGAUAUUGCUAUCAUUUUUUUCAAA